AAAACAAUCGUGACAAAUUCGUCCGGGGGCGUGUAAUUCCACGAAGCACGACGCAAACGGUUUAUUUGUUUAUAUUUCUCUACAAGAUGUAGAAGUACGUGUGGCCAAACCACGAAACUCCGCUCUUCGAUCAUAGUUUUUGCAAUUUUCAGCACUAUGCCACCCCAAACUUUGUCCCAUAUUGUUUCACUACUAGCGGUACUUGUAAGCUUCGUCCUCGUCCUGCCGUCUCCGGCCACUGGUGAACGAUGGUGUGCACACAAUCCCAAAGAUAUCAUAUUCCGCCGGCUAGGCACUAAAACUCCCUACCGGCAUGUACAGAACAAGGAUGUGCGAAGCAUCGCUACAGUUGACGGUACCGGAUGUUCGGUGAGCAAAAUCUGGGGCCUAUUUCGUCACGGUACGCGAAACCCAUCCAAAAGCAUCAUCGAUCACAUGCUUGGAACGCUACCGGAACUGCAGCGUGACAUCGUGGAACAUGGGCAAAUGUGCCGCGAUCAGCUGGAACUGUUCGAACAAUGGCAACCCCGGAUAAAGGCAGAAGAAGCCAAGCUACUGGUGCGCGAAGGCGGGAACGAGCUGUAUCAGCUGGGCCAAAGGAUGCGGAAAAGAUUCGGGAGCCAUCUCCCCGAACGCUAUGAUGGUAACGCUUUUCGAUUCAAAUUUACCAAAACGGAGCGAGCCGAACACAGUGCACGCAACUUUACCCGUGGCCUCUUUGGUCGUGACGAACCGAUCGAUUAUCCCGAGGCACUGAGCCGUGAUCCGGUGCUUCGGUUUUACAAAGGGUGUGAAAAAUGGAAACGCCAGGUGAAGGAAAACCCUUACUCGUACCGCGAAAUGGAUCGUUUCGCUAGCUCGAAGGAAAUGCGAAGCGUUAUCGAGAAGCUAUCGAAACGCAUCGGUACGUUCGUUAGUCCGGAGGAAGCGCACGCCAUUUAUCAGACGUGUGCCUUUGAGACGGCCUGGAGCGAACGGAACAUUUCUCCCUGGUGUUUGCUGUUCGACAAGGAAAGCAUCUCAACGAUGGAAUACAACGAGGAUCUGAAGUAUUACUGGAUCGAUGGUUACGGGUAUGAGCUCACGUACCGUCAGGCAUGCUCGGCAUUCGGCGAUAUGUUUGCCAGCCUGGAUGACAAUGGUAGGGCAAACUUUACGUUCUACUUUACGCACUCGGGCACGCUGCUGAAAUCGAUUGCUUUUUUGAAUCUGUACAAGGACAACGAACCGCUCACGGCCCAACACUAUCGUUACAAGCGAAAGUGGCGCGUCAGCCACAUCGAUGCGUUUGGAUCCAAUUUAUACUUUGUGUUGUACAAAUGCCCGAACGGAACGCACUCGAUAGCACUGUACCACCAGGAAAGGCUUACACAUAUUCCCGGCUGUCCGGACGACGCACUGCUUUGCAGCUAUGAUCAUUUUAAGCAGCUGUACGCUGAACGUAUGCAACAGUGUGAUUUGAAUACGAUGUGUUCCGAACCGCAUGUGCCUAGCUUGGAGAAAGACGAGUUGUAAACGUACAUGUCGUCAUAUGUAUAGCUAGAUUUUAUUUAUUUUACAUUUUACCAAACGACGCCUUGUUCUGCUGCUUGGUAGGCACUCGCAAUUUUACAAUGUUUCAAUACACACUACGCUCACAUUGCGAUAAAACGAAUGCUUUAAAC